UCUCUCGCUGACACAGACUCGUGCUGGGCAGCUGCUGGUGGAACAGAGCAGGAGCUUCAGCCUCAAUUUAAGCAGCUCAUCAGAGCGGCAGUCGCUCCGUGGAGCGAACUUCGGUUGGAGACACUUUUACGCACAGGGGAACUACCUGAAAACACUGGCACAGUGAGAAGAGAGUACCUGCACUUCCCCCGCUAUAUUGCCCUGGAAUAAUGUGUUUGACUGUUAGCGACACAUUUUGAAGUUAUCAUUAGUAUCACUUGAAGCAGAAUAAUUCAUUAUUUAACAGAAUGAAGGAAUUUACUCAUUUCACGAUUCUUGUUGCGCUCCUCGUCGCCUCCGUCGCAGCGAGCAAGUUAAAUGUACCUCGGCUGAGACUGUCUUAUAAAGACCUGCUGACCACUAACCGGUCAUCUGUCUUCAGCGGUCACCAUGGGCAGCUCUCUCUCACGGCUGUCUUCCUGGACGAGUACCGCGACCGCCUUUUCCUGGGAGGGAAAGACGUUCUGUACUCUCUCAUGCUGGGACCUGCCAGCAGUGAGUCCAGAGAGAUCUACUGGCCCCCGUUACCUGGCAACAGAGAGGGCUGUAUUGAAACAGGGAAGGAACAGACAGAGUGUGCCAACUUUGUUCGCCUGCUGCAGCCCUACAACCGCACUCACCUCCUGGCCUGUGGCACCGGUGCAUUCCAGCCCAUGUGUGCCUUCAUCAACGUGGGACACAGAGGAGAGCACGUGUUCAAAAUGGACCCUACAAAGGUGGAAAAUGGACGGGGGAAGGUUCCUCAUGACCCCAGCCUCCCCUUCGCUAGCAUCUUUAGUGGUGGAGAGUUGUACACAGGACUGACUGCUGAUUUUCUCGGAAGAGACUCUGUGAUCCUCAGGAGUAUGGGAGGCCGCUCCACCAUGAGGACAGAGACUGAUGAGAAACUUCUUCAUGAGCCCAAGUUCAUCGCUGCACACCUCAUCCCCGACAACGACGACAAAGACGACGAUAAAGUGUACUUCUUCUUCACGGAGAAAGCCACAGAGGCAGGAGACAGAGAAGGUGCCAUACACUCACGCGUGGGGCGAGUGUGCGCGAAUGAUGUUGGAGGCCAGAGAGUGCUGGUGAACAAGUGGAGCACCUUCAUCAAAGCCAGACUAGUUUGUUCUGUCCCAGGACCUCAUGGCAUCGACACACACUUCAACCAACUGGAGGAUGUUUUCCUGCUGAGAACCAAGGAUGAGAGGAACCCAGAUGUCUACGCAAUCUUCAGUACUAUCAGCAACGUGUUCCAGGGUUUCGCUGUGUGUGUUUACCGUAUGGCCGACAUCAGAGAAGCUUUCAACGGACCCUUUGCUCAUAAAGAAGGUCCUGACUAUCAGUGGGGAGCUUAUGAAGGGAGGGUUCCCUACCCAAGACCCGGGGUGUGCCCCAGUAAAAUCACCAACCAACCCGGCAGAGAGUUUGGCAGCACAAAGGAUUUCCCUGAUUCAGUGCUGCACUUUGCCCGCAGCCACCCGCUGAUGUGGCGGCCGGUGUAUCCAGCUCUGCGCCAACCUGUGCUUGUGAAGGCCAACAUUCCCUACAAGCUGAAACAAAUAGUGGUGGACCGUGUUGAGGCAGAGGACGGGCAGUAUGAUGUCAUGUUCAUUGGCACAGACACUGGCACAGUGCUGAAGGUCAUCGCCCUGCACGGUGGAAACAGUCUAGAGACAGAGGAAGUCACGCUAGAGGAACUACAAGUCUUCAAAGUUCCAACUCCAAUUACAUCACUGGAUAUAUCUGUCAAAAGGCAAGCUCUGUAUGUGGGCUCUCCGGCAGGUGUGGCGCAGGUGAAGCUGCAUCGCUGUGAGACUUAUGGGAAAGCCUGUGCAGAGUGCUGUCUGGCCAGAGACCCUUACUGUGCCUGGGACGGGUCAUCAUGUGCACGAUAUGUACCCAACAGUAAGCGUCGCUACCGCAGGCAGGACAUCAGACAUGGCAACCCUGUGCUGCAGUGUGUGGAUCAGAACCUGAGUGAAGACCAUGACGUGACAGAAGACAAGGUGGUGUAUGGGACCGAGAACAACAGCACCUUCCUGGAAUGUGUUCCUCGCUCCCCACAAGCAACUGUAACCUGGCUUGUCCAACAACACGACCACAAGGAAGAGGUGAAGCUGGACGACCGUGUGAUGUCCACAGAGCAGGGUCUCCUGUUCCGUCGCCUCUUCCGCCAGGAUGAAGGUGUGUACAUCUGCCGCUCCCGAGAGCAUGGCUUCACACAGACUCUGGCCCGCCUAACCCUCGAAGUCCUCCAAGGUGAGACUGUGGAUGAGCUCAUGUCACGUGACAACGCCGGCCUCUCCGAUUCAUUCAAAGACCGAUCCACAGGAAGUUACAGGGUCUGGAUGCCAUGUAGCACAUACAGCAGAGGUGGCGCAUCAAGCCAAAUUGGCCAGUCACGUACAUGGUUCAAAGAUAUCAUGCAACUGAUCGGACCGUCGAACCUGCCGCAUGUGGAGGAGUACUGUGAGAGGAUGUGGUGCAACGACAAGCUGAGGAGGAAACACAAGAGCAUUCUGGAGAAAUAUCGCCAGGCGCAGGAAAGUGCCAGGAAGGUUCGUAGCAAGAGCUCAGGAGAACGCAACCGUACUCCGCGGGAUCUGCGCGCAUGGGAGGAGUAAUGACGAGAACAUGGGAGGGGAAAAAGAGGAGGGAAUAAAAGACGAUAAUAGAUCAAACUUUGGCACUUGGAUUUGUACUAAAAAUGUAGACGAGAAAAGUCUCUCUGCUUUGGCCAUCAAACCUAACAGAAUAGAUUUUAUGAAAUCAGUGUAGGUCAUGGAAGCUGCAGCUUUGUUCCGACUGUGCCCCAAAAGACAAGCAUUCGGUUGUCUGGAAAGACAACAGAAAAAGAAAAUAUUGUUGUUGAUGUAAUAAUACCGACACUGAGGAUGGUUUUUAUAACUCUUGAUUACCAAGGACACUUUUCCCCCUUGACGACUUUACUCCUUUUUUACUAUUGACAUGACAGACACGGUUUUAACUGUUUUCACAUCACAUGUCGAUCUCCACUGAAAAACAAACCCUCCAAACUUUGCAAACUUCAUUUCAAAUACAAAUGUAUGCAUGCCUGUGGAUUACCAGAAGCAGACCAUGUUCUUUCUCCACUGUUGCAGCCUCAUUGACUCUUUGAUGAACAGUGUGUUGGCUCGUAUCAUUGUGUUAAUCGUCCCAUGAGAUUAUUUCAAGCUGCACUCAACAGGUUUUUCAUGCAAAAUCCACUGUAAUUGAAAACUUCAGCAGAAAGAAACAUCAUAUUUAAUUAGUCUCUUUUAUAUCUUUGGACAGCGUAACAACAUUUUUUUCAUAUAUGUCCAAGUGCAGCUUGGACAUAUAAAAUCACUUUCCAUUUAUUUUCCUGAUCACUAUAGAGUUGGUCACAUUUCACACACUGGAACAAAUUCCUUCUCACUUCGUCUUAAACAUUUUAAAUCUCUGUUCUUCUUUGUCUUGACCUUUUUUUUUAAAGUCUUCAUGUGUGACUUCAGCUCAAGACAUACUGUAACCGUCUUAGCUGUUAUCUGGUAGAGUUAUAUGAAGCUAAUGACACAAACACUUACAUUCACUGAAAUCUCACUAACCCAUCAAACUGAAUGCAUUCACUCAUUUAACUCAGACUCCGAGCUAUCAUGAGACGACUGUUGACGGUCCAACAGACUAAAGGCGCAUUGCUUUAUUUUUACUGCUGUGGUUUCAACUUUCCCUUAAACACAGCUCCAGAUCAGAGCCCCCCCCCCCACACACACACUGACCCUUAAAGGGAAAUUUCACAGAGGCUUAUUAUCUUGCUUUUUACGAUACCAUACGGCUUCUUGGCAUGUAGCUAAUUGUCAUACUCAUUAUUCACUUUGUAGGGAAUCCUCAGGCAGAUAUGUUGAAUUUUUUUUAUAUAAUUACUAUUGUAAGAACAUAAUUAUAGUUAAAACAGAAUUAAAUAUCCAUGAAAAACUUAAAAGGUCUUAAAAAAGCAUGAUAAAAAAAAUUAAACUACAUGAAUUUGGGUAAAAACACUGACUGUGUAACAAGCUAAACUCAAGUAACCUCACAUUCAAUGUUCAUCCUCGCACACUUUGCCUGUGUGCUAUAGUUGAGUUUUUCUAAUGACUAUAGCUGGAACAACAGAAGGGUCAACUGUCAUGACCAACUCUUUUUGUUAUUCUAUAUAACACUUAAUCAACAAAAGAUUUCCCUUUAAUUUGUAGCACAGGAAAAAGCAAAUGGGUGUUGCACUAAUUAUCAGACUUUACGAGAACUAUGUGGUUUAACUGGACAGAGAAAACAAAACUGUCUUCUAAUAGGGAAAGAUGUCACAACCAAAAGUGCAAGUGGUAAAAAUCCACAGUUUCCAGUUGGAAACGAUAUUCUGUGCUUAAUGAAUAAAUUCAGAAACACACCCAGCCAGUUGUCAGGUAGCGUAUAAACCGAAGAACUGAGAAUGGCCAACAUGGCUGCUAAAAGGGUGAAAGAAAAUUGUGUAAGUUGGCAUAUAUAUAUUGUGAGAGCCACAGCCAGGAAGCAAGACUUCUCAAGAGGAAAAAGACAAAGGAGAGUGAAGAUGUAGAAGAGUGAGAAAAAUUAUGAAAUAAAUAAGGUACUAUGAGUAUUUUGUAGGAUGUAUUUCCAUUUUGUAAAAAUUCUAAUCCUUAUCUUAAAGCAUUGAAGUGGGUAUUUUCUGAGAACUGAUGCACAUGUUUUGGUGUCUUCGGUUUGAGGAACUAGAGACAGACUGUGAGACUGCAGCGCUCACACUUGUUACUGUUAAACUAAAAGAAAAUGAUACAAUGAUGGGACGAUGAAUGAAGCAUAGCAAACAGUUAGCAGAGUGAAAUACAGUUCAAAUGUAAUUUACCUUUAAAAUAAUCCUAAAUAAAAGACAUUUCCAAUUCUGUGGAAAUAGCUACAAAGCAGUUGGUCUGGUGUGUGAAGUCAAUAAAGACGUUUUGUUUGUUUGUUUGUUGUGGUGAUACCAGAUAUGGUUAAGUGUCGGCCUCAUCAGGUCCUGAAUUACUGUCUUGUAUACUCUACUGUAACUUUUGCAAAUAUGGUUGUGAAAUGAUUGCUGGAGUUUCUUGAUUCAGAACAUCAGCAACACAUUCAAAGUCACAAAAACGUGCCAUUUCGUGCCAACUAAACAUCACAUUCACUCCGGCUGUACAUAAGAGUGUGUUGUGGUGUUGAACCUUUUUUUUAUAAAUAUUUAACUUAGUAUUAUCAUGUCCAGCCUCUGUAGUUAGUGACGUUCAGUGCAUCUUCUCAAACCAGCCGUAAUGUUCAACUGUUUGGUGAACACAUAAGAUCACCUGAUGGAUUUAUUAUUUGUCAGGGAUUUAGCUCUCAUGGAUUUUUUUUUUUUUUAAUUUAAAACUGAGGGUUCACUCUUGUUAAACUCCAGCUGCUGAUUUGACUAAGUAGCUCCUCCUUCUCAUUGAGGGUGCGCUAAUUGAUAAAUACCCGACAUCCACAGUAGGGGUGACCUUUCACCCCUACUCGAUACAGUAAAAUAUCUGUUAUGUUAUGAGUAUAUCGCAACAUCAGGAUAAUAUCUUAUCGCGAUUUAAAUGUCACGAUAAUGUGAUAAUGCGGUGUCUCUGCCGAUUCCCACCCCUAAUCCACAGCUACAACAUGGAGCAUGCAAAAGGUCCGGUCAGCGGUGGGAUGUUACAGGAGGAAUCGCUGUCAAAACAUAUAUAAAUAAUAUUGUAGAACAUUGAAACAACAACUACAUGUGGCUUUAGGCAUCCAUUAACUUGUCCGCAGUCCAACUAACACACUGUAGCGCUCUCUAAGAAAGGCAGAAACGUGUAAGGAUCUGUGAUUAGAAAUAAACAUAAUCAUGGUGAAAUGUCUCCUCAUUGUACUGUAAAGAUUUGUGCUGGCUGUUGGGUCUCUUCGUCAGAAAGAGCCAAAUUUAAAUGUGUAUUUAUGUUUUAUUUAAGUGUCUUUCUACCGUGCAUGCUGUGUAGUUGUAUGCUGUUAAACAAUAUUAAAAGUUUCUAACUUUAA